GUGACAAAGGAGCUAAAACAGUAUGACAACAAAAUUAUAGAAUGCAAAUUUGAGAAUAACAGCUGGGUCUUCAUGAGACAGAGAACAGACAAAAGUUUUCCUAAUGCAUACAACACUGCCAUGGCUGUGUGCAACAGCAUCUCCAACCCUGUCACCAAGGAGAUGCUGUUUGAGUUCAUCGACAGAUGUGUGGCAGCUUCUCAAGGACAGAAGCGAAAGCAUCAUCUGGACCCUGACACAGAGCUCAUGCCUCCACCACCUCCCAAAAGACCUCGCCCUUUGACCUAAGACCUGCCUCUGACUUAAGGAUUGAGAGGAAAAAUGAGUGAGAAAAAAUGCUGUUGCCCCAUUUUUGCAGCCAGAGAAAUUGGAAAAAGAGUGUGGCUUGAUGUUGAUACACAUUUGAAUUUUUUUUUUUUAAGUAUUGUAGCCAGCCUGUAAAUAUUUGAUGCAUUUGUUUCUUUAGUGCUACAAUACAUCGUGGACUUUAGACAUUUUAUUUAUAUCUGAUAAACUCAGCCUUACCUUGUGAAUUUGAAGAUUGAAAUAUCCAAAGGUUUAAUUGAGAUUGAAAUCAAUGAAAAAGAGGCCUUGUUUGUAUAUGGAUAACUUUCACCUUUAAUUUAUAAAGUUAGUAAUCUGGAACUGUGAGCGCAUAAAACUAUUUUUUAGAAGUUGUAUUUCAACUAUGGUAAAUUCUCCUUUAAAAAAAAUCUAGGCAAUGGCAUUAAACAUUCUUGCUAUCAUUUAUCAUGGAUUUCCUACAUUCUGAGUUUCUUGUAUUCAAAAACAAAUGACAAGGUUGUUAAGUAUUGUACUGUAUUAAACAACUUGGUCUGGCUUAUAUCAUUUUAAGAAGUUUUUUUUUUUUUUUUGAGAUGUAAAAGUAAAAAAGUAAAGCCCCGUUUUUGUGAAUUGUAUCCUUUCUAAAGGAAGUAUAUUGAGUGUUUUCAUGUUUCUCUUCUUUGAACGAAAAUAUCAGAUAUCCAAUGUGUCCAUUCUGGCAGUAGUUUUGAGUUACUUCGUAGAACCUAGAUAUACACCACCAGGUCCCUUUUAUGUGUUGUUCUCCUGGGAGACUCUUUUUUUUUUUCCCCUUUAAAAACGCCAGGGCUACUUCUGCUUUACCUCAGUGGUAUUGGCACGUUGUAAAUUACAUUAAAACACACAACUCACUGUGAUUAUGGGAGUGAUAUCAAAUACAAACUGUCGUAUUAGUUCCCUUGAACAAAACGGCAAAGGAAAUGCCAGCCGACUCCUUUGAUUAGAAGGUAGUGCCAAUGGAGUAGAAUGCUGUCACUAGAAAAUGCUCUCCCACUGCUAGAUAAAUGCAGAGGCAAAGAGUAGAACUAAACAUCAAGGAAGCCAAGACAUUUAUUUUCAAAGCCAGAAUUCUAUCUGUGUUCUGUGCUGGGGAUGCUAUUUCUGUUAUACAUCUGAAUUUUAAAACAUUUACUGAUAGAUAAUGGAUUUAAAGAGCAGCUGAUUGGUCAUCUGCCAUUGUUGAGAAGCUGUAUUCUGAUUGGUUUGUGAAGGAACUCUGAGAAUUAGCCUAUUAGGGGCUAAUGUAUUUAUUUUUAGAGGUAGAGGUUUUAAGUAUGUGUAUUUAAAACAAAAUUUCAUGAUCUGAAUUUUAUAUAUGUAUAUGCAUAUAUAUGUCAGUAUAUGCAUCAGUGUAUAUUCUACUAAUACAAUCAGACAUGAAAAAUGCAGAGUUACCCAGCAGACUGAAUAUCUGACAGGAUUUCUAUAUGCUAUAGCACAGAUUAACCAAAAAUGUAUUUAUAUUCACCUGAGUUUUAAUGUUUUUAAACAGAGUUUUCUCCUGCAGUGCUUUUCUAUAUGAAAUACUAGAGUCAUGCUUGGGCUUUUUCCUUUGUUCUUUCCAAGUUAUGUAACAUGUAGUGAAUGUACCCAGAAUGUCAGUUUAGUAUUUCAUUCCUGGAGUGCUUUUGUGUGUUUGGGCACUAAAGGGAGUAAAACACCUGACUGCCACAGUGACUGCUGAAAGGUGGAAAUUUGUCAAGGUUCCAUAGUGUCUUGUACAAAAUGGAUCUGAAAAAACACCUAUGCAACUCCAAAUAGUCUGAUGCCUGCUUCACCAGGAUUAGUGACUCAUUUCACGUGGUAUGUUGCUUUCUUCCGAGCCUGUAUAAAUGCAGAGCCCUUUUGCAGGUAUAAGAGCUAGUUUUUGCCAAUGAUCUUUAAUGGAGUUAAAUGUUUAUGGUAAUUGUAACCUUUGAAAUGAGUUAUGUGAAAAGAGCAUCUCAUUUUUAAUACACCCGGAUAUUUUUUCCUUGCCUUUGUGCAUUUUCCAGGACUUAAUUUUCUUAAUUUGUUCUUUCCUUUUAAUUAUAGUGGAGUAGAAUAGCCGGCCUAAUAAGUAGAUCCCAUUUGGCCCCUGAACACACUAUCAUCUGCAGUAUCGUAAAAAGUCAUCUAGAAAGUCAAGGGGGAAACUCGAGAGGCAGGAACUGGGACAGCAAGAAGGAAAGAAACCCUUCCUUCUCAGCCCACUUCACAGUAACUCUUUUCUGACACUGAAGUUUCGUAGACAAGAAUAAGAAAACUUUGCUUUCCUGAGUUAUCAAAUAUAAAAGCUUUUGCUUUGAAUUUGGAAAAGAUGUGGAUGACUCGACUGCCUGGAUGGUUACAUUUGCUUUCCGUGAAAUGCUCAGAAAAUGUCAGGACAUUCCUUCUCUGUGUGUCAGUGUGUAUUGUAAUAAAACUACUGAUUUAAAAUA